AUGACUUGCAAGACUCCAUCAAUAAAAUGCAGCAUCCAAGAUCCUAUCCCGAUUGAUCACAAAUAUUUCCAAUCAGGUGACCUAGUCAUUGGUGCCAUCACCUCUUUUGUCUUCACAACUAGAAAUGCAGAAAGCUUUGAGGAAGAUCCUCAUCAUUCUCUUAUUAGUGAAUCCUUAGUCCUGACUAAGUAUUAUCAGCAUAUUUUGACUAUGAUAUUUGCUGUGAAGAAGAUCAAUGAAGAGCACCAACUCUUAGCUAAUAUCACCCUGGGCUUCAGGAUCUGUGAUAGGUAUGCUGGCUAUCAGUCCAAAAUGGAAUUUUUCUAUAGUCAGAACAGAUUCAUUCCCAAUUACAAGUGUGGCAACUUGAACAAACUUAUAUCAGUUGUUGGAAUUAUUGAUCCAGGAGUCUCUUUGGUAGAUUUUUUAGAUACUUACAAAGUCCCACAGCUUCAUUUCUUUUUGAAAAGAGUCUCAUUUAACAAUAGUGUUGGGGAUGAAAUUUCCUUUGAUCAUAAUGGAAAAUUGAUUACAGGACUGGAGAUUGAAAACUGGGUCACUUUUCCCAACCAGUCGUUCCAUCGAGUGAAAGUUGGGAAGUUGGAUCCCUGGGCUGCUGAAGACAAAAUGUUCACCAUCCAUGAGGAAACCAUCAGCUGGCCCAGCACUUUCAACCAAACUAUACCUGUUUCUGUGUGUACCGAAAGCUGCCUACCUGGAUAUUUUAAGAAAAAGCAGGAGGAGAAGCCUUUUUGCUGCUAUGAUUGCCUCCCAUGUCCCAACGAAAAAAUGUCCAGCCAGAAGGAUGUGAAUGACUGUUUAAAAUGCCCCGAAGAUCAAUAUCCGAAUAAGGACCAAGAUUCGUGUAUUUUGAAGAAAAUAUCUUUCUUGUCCUAUGAAGAGCCAAUAGGAGUAAGUUUAGUUACUCUUGCACUUUUCUUUACUCUCUGCACAACUGUGGUACUCGCAACAUUUUUGAAGUAUCACAAUACUCCCAUUGUCAAGGCCAAUAACCAAAACCUUACCUACCUUCUACUCAUCUCCCUCAUCCUCUGCUUCCUUUGUUCAUUGCAGUUUCUUGUUGUACCAAGUAAUAUAAUAUGUCUCUUCAGACAAAUUAGCUUUGGUAUCAUCUUCUCAGUGGCUGUUUCUUCUGUUUUGGCAAAAACCAUCACUGUGGUUCUGGCUUUCAUGGCCACCAAGCCAGGAUCCAGGAUGAGGAAAUGGGUAGGAAAAUGGUUAGCCACCUCCAUUGUUCUUUCUGGUUCCCUGAUUCAAGCAGGCAUCUGCAUUGUGUGGCUCUUCACAUUUCCCCCUUUCCCUGACACUGACAUCCAUUCAGAAAUUGAGGAAAUCAUACUACAAUGCAAUGAAGGGUCAGCUACUAUGUUCUAUUGUGUCCUAGGCUACAUGGGCUUUCUGGCAAUUGCCAGUUUUACAGUAGCAUUUUUCUCCAGGAAUCUCCCCAGCAGUUUCAAUGAGGGCAAAUGUCUCACCUUCAGCAUGCUGAUCUUCUGCAGUGUGUGGCUCUCUUUUGUUCCGUCCUACCUGAGCACCAAAGGCAAAUACAUGGUGGCUGUGGAAGUUUUCUCCAUUUUGACUUCUACUUCUGGAUUGUUGGUCUGCAUAUAUUUCCCCAAAUGUUACAUAAUUAUUGUUAGGCCAGAGCUAAACAAGAAGGAACAAUUAAUAAAGAGAAAAUAUUAA